AUGGCGCAUCCUCGGUAUUGGCGCGCUGGCAACUGGGAUCUUGGACCCAAGCAAUACGUGGGCCCUGCGUGUUAUCCUGUCUGGGAAACGGAGACGCCUGGAGUGCUCUGGGCAUGGCAGGGUGCUUCACAUCCUGAUGAGUCGACAUGGUGCCAUGAUGUGGAAAAGGACCAAUUGGAAAAGGCGCUAAAGAUUGCGCGCAAAAGAAUCAAAGAACUUGAAGCAAAGUUACGAAGAACAGUGGAGCAGCUGAAUGACAGCCAGAUGGCCAUGUCUCUUGAGAAUCAGGAGGAAGACCUGCAGGCCGCUAUCGAAAUCCUGCAAAAAGAAUCGGACGGCCUGCUGCGAGUGUCUGCCGUGGCUCACGCAGAGUCGCAGACGGACGCUGCUUGCGAACCGAGUGAGCCUGAGAAUCUGGACUCCCAAGAUGCUGAAGAGGACCCCGUCCAGCCGAAACAGUCCCAUCAGCUCCAGAGGCACCUGGAGGCAGCCGAAGCACGGAGCAUGGACGACCUUGAGCAGAUUUCGAAGCUUCAGGCGCAGUUGUCAGAGCAUCAGGCCUGCCCAGAGGCCGCUGCUGCCGCAGCUGCCGAUCCUGUGCGGCCAAGACUGCUGCUGCCUCGACGCAGGAUUCAACGCCAGCGCCCGGCUGCGGAGUUUCAGGUGGAGUUGACAACGCGUGGAAGGACGAAGAAAAGCCGAAGAGCUCCUGUGCCCGUGUGA